CCUAUAUAUACUGGUCCCUAGCCUCAGGAUACUGAACCAUCUACAUUGCCAGAGCCUUCUGCAAUCUUUCCUCAGUUUGCUUUCUGCCUUCUUUUAAGAAAUCAUAGUCAUCCUCCUGCACUGGUGUGUCUUGCCUGUUGCUUCCUUCAGUAGGUGCUUCUGGUUUAAACCCAUGCAUUCCACUUCCUUUCCACCUCCAUCGCAAAAUUACCUUCUUUAAGAUCCCCACAGACCAUUCAGUUUCCAAAAAAAAGAUCCCCACAGACCAUAUUAUGCUUUUGUAUUUGUUCCUUACCUAGUGUUCUCUUAAGCCAGAAUUUUAAUAAUUCGUUGGCGGAUUAGAAGAAAGUCUCUUCUUCCCUUCCGGAUUAGACGAAAGUCUCUUCUUCCCUUCCAACUGCGAUACGUGCAGCAGCAGCUUUUCGAUCAGUCCCCAUAUUCUUAUACAAACAUUUGUACCGAUAAAAAUGCCCCCAGUGACGAUGGCUCCGAUUUUUAUAUUUUCAGCUAUUCUUUGGGUGAGUUUCCACCUCAGUAUUGCGGAACCUAAGAAUUUGCAAACUUACAUCAUUCAUGUAAGUUUGCCAGCUACCGAAGCUAAUAUUAAUCGCGAGAGCUACUACCGCUCCUUUCUACCGGAAGUUGUUCUCGACUCGGAAGAACCUUCACGAAUUAUUCACUCCUACCACCACGUGGCUUGUGGCUUUGCAGCCAGAUUGUCACCCGAUGAAGUGACAGAAAUGGUGAAGAAGGAGGGUUUUGUCUCAGCGAUGCCACAAAAGAUGUUGGCCUUGCAAACCACGCAUACUCCCGAUUUCUUGGGGUUGCACCAAAACACUGGUGUUUGGGAAGAAUCCAAUUACGGAAGGGGUAUGAUUAUCGGGGUUAUAGACAGUGGGAUCACACCAGGACACCCCUCUUUCCAUGAGGACAACAUGCCACCUCCACCGGCAAAAUGGAAAGGAAAAUGUGAGUUUGCUGGAUACAUAACGUGUAACAAGAAGCUCAUUGGUGCGAGGAGCUUUGUUAGUGGCUCUACGGAUCCACUUGAUGAGGACGGUCACGGCACGCAUACUUCAAGCACUGCUGCUGGUAACUUUGUUGAUGAUGCAAGUGUGCUUGGCAAUGCCAAUGGCACAGCAGCCGGUGUGGCCCCUCUUGCCCAUAUUGCCAUGUACAAGGUGUGUACAAAACUCGGCUGUGCAAACGAUGCCAUAUUAGCUGCCAUAGAUGCUGCAAUAGAUGAUGGUGUGGACAUACUUUCUCUCUCCCUUGGUUUCCCUCCUAUGAAGUUUUAUGAUGACAGUAUCGCCAUUGGUUCUUUCGCAGCAAUGCGGAAAAGUAUUACUGUGAUCACCUCCGCCGGUAACCGUGGUCCAGGCAGUGCUACAUUGUUUAAUGAGGCACCUUGGACUCUCACAGUUGGUGCUAGUACCCAUGAUAGAAAGACAGUAGCAACAGCCGUGCUAGGAAAUGGGGAAGCAUACGAUGGCGUAUCACUUUUCCAACCUAAAGACUUCCCUCCUACAUUAUUUCCAGUGGUAUACCCUAUCAUGUACAAUCAAGAGACAGCCCUAUGUGAACCAAAAUCGCUGGAAGUCACUGGUGUUAAAGGCAAGAUUGUGGUUUGUGAUAAUGAUAGAAAAUCUACAGCUGAUCAAGGCCAAGCGGUAAAGGAUGCGGGUGGUGUCGCCAUGAUUUUUGUCAAUACAAAGGUCUUUGGCAAUACCAUUUUUGAAGUUGCUCAUGUCCUUCCAGCAACUAGUUUGGGUUAUGCUGAAGGACAACAGAUUAAAGCCUAUAUUAACUCAUCCUCUGAGGCCAGGGCGGGGCUCCAUUUCAAAGGAACAACGAUUGGCUUUAAGGAUACACCAUCUGUAGCACAGUUUUCGUCCAGGGGUCCGAACUUUGCAAGUCCAGGCAUACUAAAGCCUGACAUUAUCGGCCCUGGAGUGAAUAUUCUUGCUGCAUGGCCGUUCUCCUCGGAAAACAUGAAUUGGACAUUUAACAUCGUCUCAGGCACCUCAGUGUCUUGCCCUCACCUAAGCGGCAUUGCGGCUUUGCUCAAAACUGCACACCCGCAUUGGUCUCCAGCUGCAAUCAAAUCUGCAAUUAUGACUACAGCUGAUCAAUCCAACCGCAACGGUCAGCCCAUCCUUGAUGAAAGAAAACUUCCAGCGGAUGUAUUUGCCAUUGGUGCUGGCCACGUGAAUCCAGCAAAAGCAAGUAAUCCAGGGCUGAUAUAUGAUAUCCAGCCCAUAAACUACACUCAAUACUUGUGUGGCCUUGGCUACACAAAAGAGGAGAUUGGGCUAAUUGUGCAUCAAAAUGUGAACUGCUCGUUAAUAUCGAGUAUAUCUGAGGCGGAGCUGAACUAUCCUUCUUUCUCCAUUAUACUUGGACCCGAGACUCAGAAUUGCACAAGAACAGUUACAAAUGUUGGCAAUGCAAGGUCAACUUACGCCGUUAACAUCACUCAAAUUCAAGGAGUUGAUGUAGUUGUCGAGCCCGCCACACUUGUCUUCACCCAGGUGAACCAACAAGCCAAAUAUAUGAUAUCCUUCACCCGAAAAGGUGAAAUUUCUGGACAUUUUGUUGAGGGAUCUAUAUCAUGGAUUUCCAAGAAGCAUAUUGUGAGGAGUCCGAUAUCUGUCAAAUUAUUGUUCUCUAACACCGAGAACAAUAAUUUGCCAACGAGAAGUUCACUUUGGCUUUGUACUUUCCUCACACACUACUUGAUUUAUUUCAUUGUAUUUUGAGUUGUCUUGGACUUGAGACAGUGGCCAUAAAUUGCAGCCAUCUUUAUUAA